GUCAGCAGAGAAAGACAGCGGUGGAAAAAAGCAAGCAAUGAGGAGGAUGACUAUAAUCAAAGCCCACAUUACCCAGUGGUGAUGAGGAUGACCAGCGACAUGUCCUCUGUGGUGGCUGUUCAGAACUUGCACUGCUAUGGUUCACAAAACAAAUCACAGUAUGAUGGAAACAGUCCAGUACAUAGGUCCCAUAGCUGUGUUGAUAAUGCAGAGACAUCUUAUGCACAUAGAUCAUCAAAAGAUUGCAGCACCAGUAUACGAAAACUUCAGCACUUAGAUAAGAGGUUGCCACGUGGGCAAACAUUACCGGCAAAUGUUAGGGAAAGUGAAG